GCUGUGUUACAGUCUACAGAGGCUUCAGCUGAAGAGAAGCGUAGCGGUAAGGGGCUGUCAUCGAAAUGAGUUAUUUUCAGAGACUGCUAGAGGAUUUGGUGUAAAGUUUAAUUUGGCACUUCUCUUCCCUGUAAUUGAGGAAAAGGCCCCUUGUUUUCCCCUUCCCUGGAGGGGGCGGAGCCUUCGGCGAACAGCUGGGAAGUGAGCUGUGCCAGGCCAGUCUGCGGGGAGGGGCUGCAUUUCAGGAGGCUGCAGCUGACGAGAAGCUUCAAGGUUAAUAUCAGAGAUACACGAGACCUGGGCAGUCUGCCUGUGAGUGGAGCUUCCAAAGUGUUCAACAGAGUGAAGGCUCUGCUAGAAAAGCAGUUGAAGUGACAAUCAACACAGCUGAAUCACAAGGCCAGAGCCACUAUUAUUCACAUAACAGAGGUUACUAUCGGAGGUGAAGUCUCUGUUGAAGUGACAGUCAACUGAGUGGGAUCACAGGGCCAGACCCACUACAGUCCAGGUGACAGAGGCACUUUCCUGUCUUGUCCAAUUGAAACAACGGGUUCAAGCAUCCUCAGGAAAUCGUCGUGGAGUAGAACAGGCCCCACAAGCCAUAAGCUUUUCAUAGUUCCAAAUUAAAGAGGCCUUUGUAAGACUGUUGUUUCUGUUAGGACAUUUUUUGUAGUGUCGCAGACAGAGAGCCACCUCAGUUUCUGAUAGUGACUUCUUAGCACACAAAUCUAAAUCAGUAUGAGUGCUGAAUAUGUCUUAUGCAACUGGAAAGGGCAGGCAUGGCCAGGGAAAGUUCUAUCUAGAUCUGCAACUUCAUCAGGUGGUAAGGGAAAAAAAACGUUCUCCCUAGAAGUUCAGAUACUCUCACUAGAUGAAACAGUUAAGGUAAGGAGCACAGAAACAAAGGUCCUACGUAAAUCAGAAAUUGAAGCCAUUGUUUCCUCCCUAACGGUACAGUCAGAGGUCAGUGCUUUACCUAGAGAGGAAACGCCUUAUGAAAGAGCACUAAAAGAGGCCCUGGAUAUCCUGAAUAAGGGAACAAAUUUGAGUCGAGCAAGCAUGACAGAUGAAGAAGAGGCUACUGUACAAUCUGAAAAUGUAGAGCAAGAGCUGUCUUACAGACCACCUCGUAAAAGGUACCGGAAGGAUGAAGAAGACUUACCAAAUUGUCUUAAAGAAAAUGAAGACCAAAUAUUCCUGUUACUGUCUUCAGAGAGUGAUGACUCCCUGUCUGAUGGCAAACUAGAGGUGCAGACAGCUGUUGAUCCCAUACAAAAUGAAACAGAAGUAGAGUCACCACAAAGCUCCAGCAGUUGCCUGACUUUCCCUUUGCUUUCAGAGGAUGAUGAUAAAAAAGAAAACAAGCAAAAGAUCUCAGUAAUUAUGGCUGUAAAGUCUACAGUUAAAGGGGAGAGUGAGUACAUUAAAGACGAAAAGAGUGUUCCAUCUUUGUCAUCAGAUAUCCUUACUGCAUCCGAAGUUUCAAAAGAUGAAGCACAAAACACCAGCCUGAACACUCUGCCCGUUUCCUCUGAAUGCUCCACCGUCUCAGAGACCACUGAAGACCCUGAAGAGGGUCCCUCAAAUCUAAAUACAUGCUUAGAUGCCAGCCAGAAUCAACCUUGUGUGGGAUCAGAGGUGGAUGCUGCGACAUCCCCUCCAAGUUGUUCAUGGGAAAGUCAGGCUUCAUUUAGUGCCUGUAACUCUGUCCUGGGUUACUCACUUCUCGUAAAUAAUGAAAGAAGUCUUCAGAGACAGGGUAGUGAGGAAAUUGAGGAACACGCUCAAGCUCCUGAUAGGUCAGUGAAUCUAAAUUCUGUCAGUGCUUCUGCAUUAGAGGAAAGUGAAGAAGAUGAAGAACUUCCACGCUUUGUUCUUCAGUAUGAGCCACAGUCAUUUGAAACAGGAACGAUGGUCUGGUUUAAAUAUCAAAAAAAUCCAUUUUGGCCAGCAGUAAUAAAAAGCGUCAGACCAAAAGAGAGAAAAGCAAGUGUGCUUUUUGUUGAGGCCAACAUGAGUCCUGAAAAGAAAGGCAUUAGAGUAAAUUUUCGAAGAUUAAAAAAAUAUGAUUGUAAAGAAAAGCAAGAGCUAGUGGAGAAAGCCAGGGAGGAGUACAGUGAAAGUAUUGACUGGUGCAUCUCACUAAUUUGUGACUACAGAGUUCGACUAGGUUGUGGUUCUUUCUCAGGUUCUUUUCUUGAGUAUUAUGCUGCUGACAUUAGUUAUCCAAUGAGGAAAAUAAUCCAAUGUGACACUUUCAGGUAUAGAUUUCCAAAGCUGAAUAAUGAAGAUACUAUGGAACAAAUGGCUGUGACUUCCCAGACCAAGAAAAUGGCCUUCCAGAAAAUUCUCCCUGACCGGAUGAAGGCUGCUCGAGACCGAGCCAACAAAAAUCUAGUGGACUUCAUUGUGAAUGCAAAGGGCACAGAGAGUCACCUUCUGGCCAUUUUAAAAGGCAAAAAAGGAUCCAGAUGGCUGAAGACAUUUUUACAAACAAACAGAUGCAUGCCCUGUAUUGAAACAUAUUUUGAGGAUGAAGAUCAACUAGAUGAGGUGGUGAAAUAUUUGCAAGAAAUCUAUAAGCAAAUAGAUAAAAGGAUGCUAACACUGAUCAAAGAUGACAAAAUUAAUUUUAUCCUGGAAGUUCUUCUGCCAGAAGCAAUUAUUUGUUCAAUUUCUGCUGUUGAUGGAUUAGAUUAUGAGGCAGCUCAAGCGAAGUAUCUGAAAGGACCAUCUCUCGGCUAUAGGGAAAGGGAAUUAUUCGAUUCGAAAAUCUUGUUUGAAAAGAGACGGAAACACUAACUAACAAAGCUCAUUAGACAUCCCAAGUCAAAACCUGUUAUGGUUUCAUAGAUGAAAGUUUUCAUAGAGACUAGUUUUAAAGAAUCAGUAGCAGUUCUUUCUAACAUAUAAAUAUUCCUGACAAUGGGAGAUUUUGGCUAAUGUUUCCACUGGCUUUUAAUGAUGUUUAGGACCUGCAGAUAGUACUACAUUUUUACUUUCUUGUGCUUCUUCAGAGAAAAUUUUAUUAAAAUAUCUCAGCAGUUUUACUUUAUCAGACGUUUCUAGAAUGUGGAAUUCCUAAAGAAUUUUUAAAGGAGAGUACUAUUUUGUUUUAUGAUAUUUUUGUGCCUGUGCUAUAGAGCUGAAUAUAGUGUGCACAAUCAUUUUAAUAUUGAAAUUGCACUAGUAUUGCAUUUUAAGGGAGAUAAUUAGAAAAGUGUAAGAGAAGCAGCACGUAUAUAUUUUUGCUUACUUUUUAUAAAACACUGAGGUUUCUCUUAAGACAGUGGAGUUAUUUUUUGUGCCAUGCCUACUUAUUUUUGCAAAAUGUUAUCCGAGACAUAACCAAAGAUAGAUAAGCUUUGCUAUAUAUUGUAACUAAGUAUAAUUGCUUUUGCAAGAAGACAAUCUAAAGUUCAAAAGUGAAGUAAGUGGAUUAACAGCAUGUAGCCUAUAUUUAUGUGAAUAACAUCUCAGCAUGCAGACAGGGAUUGUGGAAAUCUUCAACGGAAUUACUUGUUCUAUACUUCCCUGAAAUUCCAUUUGGGGGAGCAUCUCUUCUUGAAGGGCUACACAGUUUCUUAAAACAGGCAAGAUUCUUUCUGGCUAUCUUCAUAAUGACCAGUGAGUGUAUCUUCUUAAUACAGCUGUCUGACCAAAUGAAGAAGGCAGUGACAGUCAUUGUGUUUGUAGUCUGUCCAAUCUAUAGGCAUGGCUCACUGCUGAAGAACCUGUCUAGUUUGACAUAAACUGUACAAAAUGCAACCAGUAUAUUGAGUCUUAUCUCUUUAUAUGUAGUCGUUUGUCUCAAAAGAAGGAUGCUUUAGUGCCUGGGUUAUUUGUAGAAUUGUUCCAAUUGUUAAAUGUAAGUGACAACUGAUAAGUCAUUCCAAACUACUAGAAAGAGUAACGGACCAGAAUCUUGGAGUUUGGAUGUGUGUCACAGGGAAAACCUCUACCCUCCAAGUAUGACAGUUAUUCCUAUGAAGUUAAUGUGCAGAAUUAAAAGCUAAAACCAAUGACUUGUUUAUUGUAACUUGAAGUGUGAGUUUUUGUGAGACUAAAUCUUAGAAAAGCUGUUUAUGUUUAAAAUGAUGUAAACAGAAGUGCUAAAGCCUUCACAAGAAUUUGUGUGCAUUUUUCCCUCUUAGAGUGAAACACCAGUCAGUUCUGGGCUCUUGUUAUACAUCUACCUGGAAAUGUGCUUCUGAAAAAUUUGCAAAAGUUUGCUAUCUUGAUUUAUAAUAAAGCCAUUAUAUACUUCACUUUGAAUGUUCUCUUCGUCUUGUGGUUGCUAUCAUUUUAAUGCUUGCUAUAAGUAAUCAUUCUAAAUAAAUACUCACUUUCAUGGU